AUGGACAUCAAAGGCCCUGAAGGGAAGCUGAAGGGCCCCAAGUUCAAGAUGCCAGAGAUGCAUAUCAAGGCUCCCAAAAUCUCCACCCCAGACUUUGAUCUGAACCUGAAAGGUCCCAAAGUAAAAGGAGACGUAGACAUGUCAGUGUCAGGAGUUGAAUGUGAACUGAAAGGUCCAGAGGUCAAUAUUGGCGCUCCUACAUUAGACAUAGGUGCCCCUGAUGUUGAUAUUGACAGCCCGGAGGGUAAAUUCAAGCUGCCUAAAUUCAAAAUGCCCAAGUUUUCCAUGCCUGGCUUUAAAGGGGAGGGAGUGGAUGUGGAUGUGAACCUCCCAAAGGGAGACAUUGACAUUUCGGGCCCCGGCAUAGAUGUAGAGGCUCCUGAUCUGAAUGUGGAUGGAAAAGUCAAAGGUCCCAGAUUUACGAUGCCUGAAAUGCACAUUAAGGCUCCCAAGGUCUCCAUCCCUGAUGUCGACUUCAAUAUCAAGGGGCCUCAACUGAAAGGAGGUGUAGAUGUUUCUGGACCCAGGCUUGAAGGUGAUUUGAAAGCACCCCAAAUUGAUGUAAAAGCCCCCCAAAUAGAUGUUGAGGCUCCCGACGUGACCAUCGAAGGGCCGGAAGGGAAACUCAAAGGCCCAAAAUUCAAGAUGCCAGACAUGCACAUCAAGGCGCCCAAGUUCUCUAUGCCCGAUGUUGACUUUAAUCUGAAGGGCCCCAGGCUGAAGGGAGACGUGGAUGUCUCGGCACCAAAGCUGGAAGGGGAUUUGCAGUGUCCAGAUGUUGACAUCAAAGGCCCCAAGUUGGACAUUCAGGCACCUGAUGUGAACAUCGAAGGACCAGAUGGAAAACUGAAAGGGCCCAGGAUCAAGAUGCCAGAAAUGCACGUCAAGACCCCCCAGAUCUCCAUGCCAGACAUAGACUUGAACCUAAAAGGACUGAGGCUGAAAGGUGAUGCUGACCUUCAGGGCCCAAAGCUUGAGGGAGGUCUGAAGGGUCCUGAAGUUGAUAUUAAAGGCCCGAAAGUAGAUAUCGAGGGCCCAGAGGUUGAUGUUGAUGGUCUGGAGGGAAAAGUGAAGAUGCCUAAAAUGAAGCUGCCCAAGUUUGGCUUUAAAGGAGAAGGUCCUGACGUGGACGUGAACCUGCCAAAGACAGAGGUCGAUCUUUCAGGCCCCAAGGUAGAUAUCAGUGUCCCGGAUGUGAGCGUCGAAGGUCCAGAGGGCAAACUGAAAGGUCCUAAACUGAAGAUGCCAGAAAUGCACAUGAAUGUUCCUAAAAUCUCAAUGCCUGAGAUAGAUUUGAAUUUGAAAGGCCACAAAACGAAGGGAGGCUUUGAUAUUUCAACCCCAAAGAUAGAAGGUAACCUGAAAGCUCCUGAAGUUGAUAUCAAAGGCCCAGAAUUUGGAGUCAAAAGCCCUGAAGUUGACGUUGAAUGUCCCGACCUGAACAUUGAAGGCCCAGAGGCAAAUGUCAAACUUCCCAAGUUUAAGAAGUCAAAGUUUGGGUUUGGGAUGAAAAGCCCGAAGGCAGAAAUCAAGGGGGCAGAAGUGGAUUUACCUGAGGCGGAGCUGAAUGUGGAGUCGCCUGAUAUCAACAUUGCUGGAAAGGGUAAGAAGAGCAAGUUCAAGAUGCCAAAACUUCAUAUGAGUGGCCCUAAAGUUAAAGGAAAGAAAGGUGGGUUCGAUGUGAAUGUGGCUGGUGGAGAGCUCGAUGCGAAUUUGAAAUCACCCGACCUGGAUAUGAACGUAGCUGGGCCGGACGUGACGAUAAAAGGUGAUGCUACGGUGAAGUCCCCCAAAGGGAAGAAACCCAUGUUUGGGAAAAUCUCCUUCCCAGAUGUUGAAUUUGAUCUUAAAUCACACAGAUUCAGAGGGGAUGCUUCUGUGGCAGUCCCAAAAAUAGAGGGGGAACUUAAAGCGCCUGAUCUAGAAGUCUCUGUGCCGACUGCCAAAGGUGAUGUAAAAGGCCCGAGCCUCAAUGUGGACGUUGACGCUCCUGACGUGAGCCUGAAGAAACCAAAGUUCAAACUUCCCAGUGGGCAGGUGGGCGUAGGAGACUUGAAAAUUGAGGGCGACCUGAAAGGACCCGCCAUUGACGUUGCCGUCCCCUCGAUCCCAGUGCCAGAUGUCGACCUAAAUGUGAAAGGACCAAAAAUAAAAGGUGAAGUCAGCGUUCCUGGAGCAGAACUGGAAGGUCCCGAAGGAAAGCUGAAAUUGCCCAAGGGGGGGAAAAUGGGUCUCGGUCUGGAAAUGCCGGCUGCAAACUUGGAUAUCUCGGUCCCAGCCGUGGAAGGAAGCGUGAGCCUCCCUUCGGCUGAUGUGAACCUCCGAGGUGGUGAUGUAAAGCUCAAAGGGCCCCAAAUCUCUGGACCCGAUUUUGAUGGAAACCUGAAAGGACCAAAAAUAAAGGGAGAUCUGGAUGUUUCGAGUUCUGUGGAAGGGCCAAAUGUCAGCCUGGACGCGCCAAACAUUGACAUUGGAGGCUUGGGAGGAAAGCUGAAGCUGCCAAAGUUUAAAUCCCCCGCUAUGGAGGCACCUGAUCUGAGCGUGAAAGGAGGUGUCGACUGCUCCGUCCCACAAAUGGAGGUGGAUGCGAAAGCCCCGGGUGCAAAUUUCAGUCUUGGCAUCCCGGGCGUCGAUAUCAAAGGGCCCUCGGUGGAUGUUUCUGCCCUGGAUCUGGAUGUAAACCUGAAAGGACCAAAGUUGAAAGGAGAGCUUGACGUUUCUGCUGGCAUUAAAUCCCCCAAAGCAUCAGUGGACACCUCCGAUGUCGGCUUUGAAAUUCUGGGUGGCACGAUCAAGCUCCCGUCCCUCAAGCUCCCCCAGUUUGGUAUUUCCAGUCCUGGUGUGGAUGGAGCUGACGUAGGCGUCCAUCUUGAAGGUCCCCAAGUGAAAGGAGGCCUGAAGGGCUCAGGGGCUGGUGUUGGGUUGGAAGGACCCGAUGUGGAAUUGAAAGGGCCUAAAUUUCAAAUGCAGUCACCCAGCGUUUCCUUGCCAGACGUUGACCUGAAGCUGAAAGGACCAAACCUACGGGGCGACGUAGAUGUUGCCGGCGAAAUCAAAGGUCCAAAAGUCAGCGUGGAAGCGCCUCGUGUCGACCUUAAGGAGCCUGGAGUGGGCGUCCACCUUGACGCUCCUGCCUUGGACGCAUCUGCGCUGAAAGUUUCCGGGUCGGGUUUUAACGUCAAUGUAAAAGGGCCGAAGAUCAAAGGUGGUGCCGCCAUCUCUGGAGAGGCGGCAGCGCCCGCGACCCCGAGGUGA